AUGAAAACCACAACAGUAGUAGAAUCAUAGGUAUUAAGGACCAAUGUGGAAGUUGAAUAAGUUCCAUUAAGAUAUAAUAGGAAAAGAAAUUACAUGUCAACUUCCUUUGUAUCGGCUUAAUUUCAAAACAAUUAAUAUGGGUGCUAUCAAAUAAUGAUCGACAAUCAUGAUUGUCGACCAUAAUGUUAACCUCCUCCUUAGUAACCAUAUAUGAUGCCUAUGUAUGUUCCUGUUCCAUAUCCUUAAUAAUAACAGAAGGAAUGUGAAUGUGAAGAUGGUGAAUCAUACAAAGAAGAAUUAUUGUUUUUAAGAUAGAGAGUAGCAGAAUUACUAGCAAGAGAGCCUGAAGUAAAGACUGUAAAAGAGAGAGUUGAAGUAAUAGAUAACACAAGGGUUGAGCAACUUGAACUUGAAGCAUAGAAAUUAAGAUUAUAAUUACAAUAAGCAUAAAAUUAAUUACGAUAAAAAGAGCAAGAGUUUAUUGAAUUAAGAAGUGGAAAUGAUCAAUCACAAUAAGGAUUGUCUUCAAGAAUUAGAAUAAUUGAGGAACAAUUGUAUAAUGUAAGACUGGAAAUUGAAAGAAUCACUGGAUUAUUGAAUUAAAAAGAAUAAGAAAUUGUAGAUUGGGAAAAAAGAUGUCAUGAAAUUGAAAGCUCUGUUACUUAUGAGAUUGAAGAAAAAACAACUAAACUAAGAUCUGAAGUAGAAGUUUGGAAAAGUAGAUUCAAGAAAUUAAACACAGACUAUUUCAACUAUUAAGAAUAAUUAAUUAUGGUGUAAGCAGAGAUUGAUUCAAUAAAAAAUGGAGGAGUAAAGGAAGUUAAGGAGGUCAAGGUUGAAAAGAAGGUUGUUGGACCAACAAUCACAACUGUUUAAUCAAGCCAAUCAAGGACAAGAGGAUCAAGAGUAAUUGAAAGUUAGGAAGUCUAUAAAGAGGGAACACCAGCUAGGCUAUAUCCAUGAGAAAUAGAUAUAUUAGAUAAUUUUAAAUAUAAAAAUGUCUUCA